CUGUGGAGCCCGGACUGAGGUUGGAAGCAGCGUAGCCGGGGCUCAGAUUCACAGAGUGGCUUGGGGGGCGCACGGACCCCGGGGUCCGAGUUUAUCGCUGUUUUAAAACCUAUUUCACCAAAACUGUCGACAAGUUUUACAACUAUUCAUCCAAAGAGUGUCAAGUGAAAGCCAGGCUGCGGGUCUGAUAUCAGCCGGUGCGUUCAGUUUAUUCGGAUAAAUUAGUUGUUUUGUGAGUUUUGACAGAGGUCGUUCACUGUGCGCAACAACUGCUCCACAGCACCGUUUGGAUUAUUCAGUGGACGCGUUGUUAUUCAGAGCAAAGACACAGCUUUAUACUCCUAACACAGACUUCAUCUGAAAGUUUGGACUGCUGUCAAAGCGCACUUCUCUGCGUAUUUUAGGUAUGCCUUUGGUCAUCAGUGUGUGUCCGGACAGGUAACCAGCUGUGUUGCUGCUGUCAUGGCCUUUCCAACCCUGCGGUCGUUUCCUGUCACUGUGCUCACAGUCCUGGUGGCGCUGGCGUCGUCUUCAGAGGACCAUGAGUGGCACUUUAACCCAGCUCAGUGUCGUUACGCCCUGGGGAUGGAGGAUGGCACCAUCCCAGACUCUGACAUCACUGCCUCCAGCGCAUGGUCAGACUCCACUGAGGCCAAACAUGGGAGGUUGAGUACUGGAGAAGGGGAUGGAGCGUGGUGUCCUGCAGGAGCUGUUUUCCCCAGUGGAGCAGAAUACCUUCAGGUAGACCUGCACAAACUCCACUUCCUGGCUCUGGUUGGUACCCAGGGUCGCCAUGCUGACGGGCACGGCCAGGAGUUUGCCCGUAGUUAUCGCCUCCGCUAUUCCCGAGACGGCGUGAAAUGGAUCACCUGGAAGGACCGCUGGGGCCAGGAAGUGGUGUCAGGGAAUGAGAACACCUAUGAUGUUGUGCUGAAAGACCUGGGCCCUCCCAUCGUAGCCCGCAUGGUGCGCUUUUACCCCCUGGCUGACCGGGUUAUGAGCGUUUGCCUUCGCGUGGAGCUCUACGGUUGUGUAUGGAACGAUGGAUUGAAGGCUUACACAGCCCCAGUGGGUCACGUCAUGCACCUGUCUGGCAUGCCAGUCUAUCUUAAUGACUCCACCUACGACGGGACCACUGAGCACGGGAUGCAGUUUGGAGGCCUGGGUCAGCUGUGUGACGGCGUCCUUGGAGGAGACGACUUUAUAAAAACCAAAGAGCUCAGGGUGUGGCCUGGGUACGACUACCUGGGCUGGAGCCGGGAAGCCCUCGGGUCUGGCAGCGUGGAUAUCGAGUUUCACUUUGAGAAGCCGCGUGUCUUCCACAACAUGCAGGUGCACAGUAACAACCGCCACACCCAGGGCGUGCGAGUCUUCAGCAAGGUAGAGUGUCUUUUUAAGCCAGGCAUCCUCAAGCCUUGGUCCUCCCCUCUCACUCUACCUGUGCCCCUUGAGGAUCUAAAAGACCCCUCCUCGCGACCCAUCUCCAUCCCUCUGGGUGGCCGGGCGGCUCAGAUUCUAUGCUGCAAGUUCUACUUUGCAGACCGCUGGCUGCUCAUCAGCGAGAUUUCCUUCCUCUCUGAGCCGUUUGAAGAGGAUGUCACAGACCCUGAUUCAUAUCCGCCUAAUCUUCCCGAGAAUCCUACCACCCGAACGUCUCCUCCUCCCAUUAACCACACCACCUCCUCCUCCUCCUCUCCCACAACGAGACACAGCUCCACCAACAACACCGCCGGCCCUUCUGAACCCCCCACCACCACCUCCUUCACGAUGGACACCACUGGUAACUGGACACUGUCAGAUCCUGACUUUGCUGCAAACACACCAAGGGCGGGGCUACCUGUCGCCAAGGAUGACAGCAGUAAUACAGCUAUUCUAAUUGGCUGCCUGGUGGGCAUAAUCCUCCUGCUGCUGGCUGUGAUAGCUGUCAUCCUGUGGAGGCAGUACUGGAAGAAGAUACUGGGCAAGGCCCAGGGUAGUCUAUCCAGCGAUGAGCUACGGGUUCACCUGUCAGUCCCCUCGGACAACGUGGUCAUCAACAACACGCACAGCUACUCCAGCCGCUACCAGCGCAUCCACACCUUCCCCGACGACCGCGACCAUGACAGAGAGGGAGAAGGAGAGUACCAAGAGCCCAGCGCUCUGCUACGACCACGGGAUCACAGAGACAGCACGGCCUUGCUGUUAAACAACCCAGCCUAUCACCUGCUCCUGUCAGAUCACAGAAAUGGCUCGAGACCUCUAGUCGUCCCCAGCACCACUCAGGCUCAGGAAAAGAGCCUCAAUGUGCCCCAGGCCUGUGGUUUGGACAUGGACAUGGAGAAGGGAUUCCCCCCAACUCAGGAAGAGCCUCCUCCCUACCCUGGCUCCCCUCCUUAUCCCUCCCUGUCUCCCCCCGUGUCUCCCCCAAUGCCUCCCAGUGUUCCUCAUUACGCCGAGGCAGACAUCGUGAGCCUGCAGGGUGUCAGUGGUAACAACACCUACGCCGUGCCUGCCUUGGCAUCCUCGAGCCCCGGGGCUGAUGCUGCUCCACUGCCAGAGCUGCCUCGCCAGUAUCUCAUCUUCAAGGAGAAACUGGGGGAGGGACAGUUUGGAGAGGUGCACCUGUGUGAAAUCGAGAGCCCUCAGGACCUUCCUAACUUGGAGUUCCCCUUCAAUGUGAGAAAAGGUCGCCCUCUUCUGGUAGCAGUGAAGAUAUUACGCCCGGACGCCUCCAAAAAUGCCAGGAAUGACUUCCUGAAAGAGGUGAAGAUCCUGUCUCGCCUGAAGGACCCAAACAUCAUCCGUCUGCUGGGCGUGUGUGUGAGCAGCGAUCCUCUCUGUAUGGUCACUGAGUACAUGGAAUGUGGAGACUUAAACCAAUACCUGUCCCACCGAGUGCUUCUGGACAAGACAGGGCCUUCACACAAUACGCCAACCAUCAGUUACCCGGCACUUAUCUCCAUGGCCAGCCAGAUCGCGUCAGGAAUGAAGUUCCUCUCCUCCCUCAACUUUGUGCACCGGGAUUUGGCCACGCGUAACUGCCUGGUCGGGGGUGAGAAGGGUGAGAGCGGAGAGGAUCGGGGUGGUGAGCGUCACAUCAAGAUAGCUGACUUCGGCAUGAGCAGGAACUUGUAUGCGGGAGACUACUACAGGAUCCAGGGCAGAGCUGUGCUGCCAAUCCGCUGGAUGGCCUGGGAGUGUAUCCUCAUGGGUAAGUUCACCACGGCCAGCGAUGUGUGGGCAUUCGGGGUCACUCUGUGGGAGAUGCUGAGUGUUUGUCAGGAGCAGCCGUACUCCACCCUGACAGAUGAACAAGUCAUCGACAAUGCUGGGGAGUUCUUCAGAGACCAGGGCAGACAGGUAUAUCUGAGCAGGCCCGCUGUGUGUCCUCAGGGUCUCUACGAGCUCAUGUUGAGUUGCUGGAACAGAGACUGCAAGCUCCGCCCAUCCUUCGCCUACAUCCACUCCUUUCUCACCGAGGACGCCAUGAACAUGGUGUAGAGAGAGACACGCAUAAAAGUGAAAGGAGAAUGCUGAAGAGGGGAAAGCUUGGUACGUUCGAGCAUCUUUGCUACAGCGGGAAGGUGUGGUGGAGGUGCUGCACAGCAGAAGCAGAUGAGAAGGGAGUGUGGGUUGCUCGCUUUUUAUAUUUGUACUUUUUUUUUUUUGGUGGGGUGUGUAUGGGGACUGAGACACCGCUGGUUCGGUUUACUUCCACAUCAGACCCUAGGCAAAACAAACCCCAGCUUUAGAUAAGGUAACAGUCUGAGAUACAUUUGACAAUGGUUGGUGGCGGGUGCAGUUUGCAUAGGAACUUUCUCUCUUCUCGGAUACUUUGUGUCAAGCAGGGUCUGCGUGACUAAGUGCUGUAGAGUUAAUGACACGGGAAGCUGCAGAGGCUAAAAAUGACAGAAAAUACACCAAACUAUGAUCAUAGCAAGCGAGGAAAUGAACACUUCUUAACUUUCAUGACUUUUGUUUCUUCAGCAUCUCAACUUAUACAUGCAGGGUGAGGGGUGAAGGUGCACACACACUGCACACGACACACAAACUUCUCUCAACAGGACACUGUUGUGCACACAGGAAUUGUCUUAGUAGGAUUACUACAAGCGUCAGCCGCCUUUUUGCUCAUCUGAGACACAAAAAAUGAUAAAAGUCUAUGAGAUUUUAACUCUCAGACAUGACUGAUGGCUAACUUGGCUGUCAAGAUUGUUGACCCUUCAUCAAUCCCCUAUCUCAACCCCAAAACCUUACAUAGCGCCCCACAUCCAGAGCUGUGACCCAAAGUUAAUGUGGACUAAUCUGAAAUGAUGUGGACCAGACACCAUCAGCCCCUCCUCCUGCAAUGUGAUUAUGCCAAGUUUGCUCUCAACCACCGACCCCUCCGUUGUAGUCAGUUUUUGAACCCCAUCUUUGAGCCCCAGAGAGAGAAAAAACUGUAUCCCUGAUGCCAAAUGGACUUCUCAAACCUGAGGAAACAGGCACAGAAGAGGAGGAGAGUCAAACGGAAAGGGCUUUUUCCGAAAAGACAGUACUGCUAGUCCGGGCAGUGGUGGGACAUCUUCAGAUGAGCCUGCUCAGGUGUUUUGGCAAUUUUCUUUGUAUCUGGCUGUGAUCCAGACACAAAGGAUAGAUGUAAAAUUCCACAACCAGCUGCACUUUAAAUCCUACAUGCAUAUCCCCGGCCACGAUGAAACUCUUCUCUGUGAGGGGCCUGAUAUGAUUCCUGUUCAUGUGGGUUCAUAUGCAUUUUACUUGCAGUGAUUUCAUAUAUUUGCAGAGGGAGAUUCAAAAUUCAGGACAGUGCAUCUGCCUUUUUUAAAUCCUCUCCCACGUGGCAUUGCCAAACCAUUAGAUGUAAAAUAUUGUUUUAAAAAAAUGGAAUGGCAACAUCAGCUCAUCUCAUUUUAAAUGUAUGACAACCUUUUUGUUCUGAAACUAUCAGUGUGUUGAGAAGUGUCUGCUCAUCGAACAAUCAGUCUUCGCUCAUUGAAACGCAUUACUGUACUUUAAAAACACAGUUAUGGCAUUGCUAAAGUAGGGAAAAUGCUGGGAUUCGUGAUUUUUUUAGUGUGAAUGUCAACAUCAACCUCUGCAUUAUCCCAUGUUAGUACAUUAAGCUGACCGUGGUAGCAACAAUGCAUCUACCUUACUGAUUGUAUAGCACUGUAAAUCAGCCCUGGGAUGAUCAAGAUUAUCAAGUAAUACAUGUUUAUUGUGUCAUUUGAGUAAUUUUUGAUACACUGUAGUUCAGCUAAACCCAUAUUUUUAUAUAUACUGUAUGUACUUAGACACUCUUAGUGUCCUUUUGUCUUUGACGUUGAGCAUAAUAGUAUGUACAUAUUUUAAGGACAGAAUUGUAAUUUUCCUUUACUAAUAUAUGGAAAACUCUUUGUUACAUUUGGGGUCUUCUGUAUCUCUGUAGAAUGCUUGCUACCUUGAUGCCAUUGUAAUUCAUUGUUGUCUAUUUUUGUAGAUGUUUUAAUAAAGUUAACCUUUUCAAAUAAA